AAACAUCGUACAUUUUUCGUGUUCAUUCGAUAUCUGUGACUGUUCAAUAUAUAUCGUUUACGGUAAAAGAUUUUAUUUAUAUUUUACAAGUAUUUUUUUUAAUUUGACAUCGAGAUGACAAUCGACUACUAUUAUAUGGACGGCUCACCGCCGUGCGCUGUGGUCACCCUGACCAUCACAGCGCUGGGCAUUGAGGACAAAGUCAAGACUCGUCGUGUCGAUGAAAUGAACGAUGAACAUUUAAAGGACGACUACUUAAAGAUAAACCCGCAGCACACAGCGCCUGUAAUCGUAGACGAUGGCUUUGCUCUAUCCGAGUCUCGUGCCAUCGCCAAAUAUCUUGUGGCGAAGUACGGCAACAACAAAUAUUACCCCCAGGCUAUCAAAACCCGAGCUCUUGUAGACCAGAGGCUAGACUUCGAUAUAGGAACCCUUUAUCCUAAACUUAUUGAUAUAUACUUCUCGAAAAUAUUGAAGACGCCUUUGACCGAGGCUCAGUUGAAGAAGAUGGAUGAUGCCCUGAAUAUCCUCAACGUGUAUCUGAAAGAGAACAAAUUUGUCGUUGGAGCGGAACUCACGCUGGCCGACUUCAGUCUUGGCGUGUGUGUCGCGCUGAUGGAGGCCUUUGAAAUCAGCAUUGAGAAGUAUACUAAUAUUGUCAGAUGGUUAACACUCGUAAAGUCAACUCUGCCAAAGUUUGAAGAGAUAAUAACGAAGACUACAAAUGAUGGCAAAAAACUUAUAGAGAUCAUGUCAAAAUCACAAUAAAUAUUUGAAAUAUAAAAUAUUUUUUACUUCAUAAACUUUCACUUCGUCGUUAAAUAAAUAACUUUAA